GAAUAUCUCAAACUUUAUAAAUUAUUAAAAUUUCCAGUGUGAGUACAGACAAAAAGUAAAAACUUAAAGUUGUUUAAUCACGUUCAGUGCUCGAUUGAACGGCAAUGAGAACAGAUUAAAGAUUGAUAGCUACAAAAUAUAAACAAUAAACUCAAUUCUGAGAAUAUUAUAGACAACAGGAAUUUUAUGUAACAAAAAUGUCGUUACUCUUCAUCAUUACAGUCUUGUUAGCUUUCUACUUUACAUACUACCUUUUUCAAAUAAAAAGGGAACGUAAAAAUUGCCCGCCUGGUCCAUUGGGAAAUUACAUUCCAUUCAUUGGUUAUUUACCAUUUUUGAAUCCAGCAAAGCCACAUGAAACUUUACUUGAACUGUCGAAAAAAUAUGGCAAUAUAUUUAGCCUCCAGAUGGGUUCCAUUUUCACCGUCAUUCUUGCUGAUUCUGCUCUUAUUCGAGAGGCAUUUAGACGUGAUGAAUUCAGUGGAAGAGCUCCACUUUUUGUAACUCACGGAAUAUUCAAUGGAUAUGGUAAAAAAAAUAAGGCUUUAAAAAAAAUGUUGAAUGAAAUUUAAUAGAAUAAAAAAAGGUUAAUCAUGUGCAAAUUUUAUGUGUAUUCAGGCUUAAUAUGUACAGAAGGAGAAUUUUGGAAGGAUCAACGAAGUCUCGUUCACAAAUGGUUGCGUGACAUGGGCAUGAUAAAGUUUGGAAUAAAACGGGAGCUCAUGCAAAAUCGCAUUAUGGAGGGAAUUGAUUUAUGCAUACAAGAGAUAGAGAAGCUCCAAUCGCAUAAAAUAAAUCCUCUUAAUAUUUUAAUGGACACUGUUGGAAACAUUGUAAAUGAUUUUGUUUUCGGCAUGAAAUAUGAAUGGAACUCGGAUACGUGGAAGUACCUUAAACAUUUACAAGAGGAAGGUGUCAAGCUUGUUGGGAUUCAUGCUUCUGCGAACUUUUUGCCAAUUUUACGAUUCUUGCCGAGUAACCGACGUAACAUGGAAUUCAUUUUAACUGGAAAAGCAGCAACACAUAAACUUUACGAUGCCAUAGUAGAUAAUUGCGAGAGAGCAUUGGACACUUCCACAGAAUAUCGCGAUUGCAUUCUGAAGAGAUUUUUAUUAGAGAAACGUGACCGAGAACAAAGUCAUGAUGAAUUAGGAAAGAACUGCUCGCGUGAACAACUGAAUCAUUUACUUGCUGACAUGUUCGGAGCAUCAUUGGACACAACUUUAUGUACACUGCGAUGGUACCUAUUACUUAUUGCAAUUCAUCAUGAAUGUCAAGAUAAAAUUUAUGAAGAAAUGAGAAAUUAUGGAAUACGAGAGCGUUACUUAACAGAUGAUAUUGAAAGCUUACCUUAUUUGAAAGCAUCAAUUGCAGAAUCAAUGAGAUUAAAAACCGUAGUUCCAUGUGGAAUCCCACAUGGUAAUACACAACAACAUACCACCCUUGAUGGUUACUUUAUACCGAAAAAUAGUAUGAUUUUACCACUACAAUAUGCCAUUCACAUGAAUGAAAAUUUAUGGCCACAACCACAAACCUUCAAUCCAAAUCGUUUUAUUGAUGAAGAUGGCAAGUUUUUUACAUCUCCAAAUUUCAUUCCAUUUCAAACAGGCAAAAGGAUGUGCCUCGGUGAGGAAUUGGCAAAAAUGUUCUUAAAUCUAUUUGCAGCAAAUAUUCUAUUGAAUUUUAACAUUAAACUGGGACAAGAUAAGGAUGAGCUUGAUUUAUCAGGCAUUUGUGGACUCGCCUUAAGUCCACCUGAAUAUUGUUUGAUUUUUGAAAAACGUUGAAUAAUUUAUUCAAUAGUAAAAUUUAAAAUGCACAAUAAAUAAAAAUAAUUUUUUAAUUCCUUUAAAUA